AGAAAGAAGAAAAAGUUAGAAGCAAAAUGUCAAAAGUUUCUCUUAUUAGAUUGUCAUUGUUAGGGUUUCUGGUGAUCGCCGUCGUGACUCCAUCGGCUAAGUCCACCGUUCUCGGAGGGAGGUCAGAUGUUGGGAACGUUCGAACGAACAUGGAAAUUCAAGAACUUGGAAGGUACUGCGUGAAACAAUUCAAUUUACAACAACAGAGCAAGCAAGGUAACGAUGCAACUAAUGCAAGAACGGACACGGCAGUGUUGAGUCCGUUGAAAUUUAGCCGAGUUGAGUCGGCUCAGAAACAGGUCGUGGCUGGUACCAAAUACUAUCUAAGGAUUGCAGUGACUCAACCCGAUGGCACGAGCAGGAUGUUUGAUUCAGUUAUAGUUAUUCAACCAUGGCUUUUUUCUAAGAAGUUGAUCGAAUUCACUCCUGUUGCUAGUCCUGUCUACUAACUUCAUUUCUUUAUGCAACAAUAUCCAUAAUAUAAUCAAAAAGACCAAAAAUGUGUAUGAUAUGAAGGUAUUAACAAUGGGUUAAUAGUUGGUUUGUAAUGAUGUUUUACGUUGUUCAUAAAUAAAGGCCAAAGAUGUUAUAAAGA